AUGGAGAUCCUCUCUCUGCUCAUUGUCCCCAUUGGGCUGCUGGGGAACUGCACGGUCGUGUGGCUCCUGGGCUUCCGCAUCCCGAGGAACCCCUUUUCCGUCUACAUCCUCAACCUGGCGGGGGCGGACGCCCUCUUCCUCUGCAGCUAUUUUUUGCUCCAAAUAUCGCAUUUUGUGGCCCCUCUCAAGGAGAUGGACGUCCAGAUAUUUCUAAUAAACGCCACGUUGCUGACCAACACGUCGAACCUGGGCCUCCUGGCGGCGAUCAGCGCCGAGCGCUGUCUCGCGGUGCUCUUCCCCAGCUGGUACCUCAGCGCGCGCCCCAGGCACACGUCCGCCGUGCUGUGCGCCGCCCUCUGGGCUCUCCUUGGUUUCUUCUGGGCCGCACACUUACUCUUCUGUGUCUACGUGAUCGAUGGAUUCUGCCGUAUCAUCCCCGACGUACCGGUCGUGUGGCUGCUACAUUUCAGCCCGCUGCUGUGCGUGUCCAGCCUGACCCUGCUGCUGAGGGUCCAGUGCAGCGCUCUGCGCCGGCGGCCCCCCAGGCUCUACCGCCUGGUGCUGAUCAUGGUCCUGAUCUUCCUGCUCUGUGGUCUGCCCGAGAAUAUCCAAAAUGCCAUGCCACAUUUGCUGUCAUUUUCCAUAGCUCCUUGGCUCCCUAUGCUCCUGAUCUGCGUGAACAGAAGCUCCUAUCCCUUCAUUUAUUUGUUGCUGGGCAGAACAAAGCAGAAAAGGAGGGAGUCCCUCGGAAUGACCCUCCAGAAGGCCCUGGCGGAGGAGCAGGAGUUGGAGAAGGUGACAAGGGACUCCCCCCACACCAACAUCGGGGAGACCUCAUUCUAA